CAUUGUAAUAGACCACAGACCUUUAGCCGUAUUCAGGACUAUCAAGGAGCAGUCGGGCGGACCACUCCACCGAACCGGGGAGAAUGACAUCACUCCUGGGCCGACUGACACCGCUGCUGUGGAUCCUUGGGAGUUUCAUUGCUGUGGUGCAGGGGGACUUUGAGGAACAAUCUCCCGUGCAGUCCUUGACCGAGAUUGAGACCCGGCUGCCCUGCCGGUUCAAGGUGGAAGUGGGCCAGGUGGUGGUUCAGGUCACAUGGACCAAGGAGAGAGCAGAUGGUACCAAGGACCAGAUCAUCACUGUACACCACACUGACGGACAAACAGAGUUUGGUCAGUACUCGGGGCGUGUGCGGUUCGGCAGCAGUGAGCCCACAGUGGACUCGUCUCUGAUCAUCAUGAACACUGUGGAGUCAGAUGAGGGCAGGUACAACUGUCACAUCAGCACCUUCCCCUCGGGGAACUUUGAACAACAGCUGUCACUCACCGUGUGGGCCACGCCCAUCUCCUCCCUGGACCCUGUGAUUCUUGUCGAGGGCCAGUCCUUUCGAUUGGCUGCCUCCUGCCGCUCCGUGGCCCGCCCCCCACCCAUCCUUAACUGGGACACAGACCUGACGGGCCUGUCACAGAAUAGGAGUUCGGUGGGCGGGUCAGUCUCCACCCACUUCUCCCUGCACCCCCUGAGGAGUAUGAACGGGAUGAGGCUGGACUGUCUGGUGAGGCACCGUGCUCUGAAGGAACCCCGCAGGAUCACCAACAACCUGGUGGUGCACUAUCCUCCCAAUGCAGAGAUCUCUGGGUUUAAUCAUAACUGGUAUGCUGGUCUGGAGGGAGCUUCCCUCAGCUGUGUCAGUGGAGGAAACCCCAAACCACAGAGUUUCACCUGGACCAGGAAGGGUGGAGACUUACCAGAGGGCGUUACGGCAGGGAAUGGAUCCCUGAUGUUCAAUAGGCCCCUUGGUUUGACAGACGCUGGUAUCUACCAAUGUGUGGCCUAUAACGUUGUGGGGACCGGGAAAGCAGAGGUGGAGAUCACUGUGACAGAGUUUCCUCAGAAGCCGGUGUUUUUCAACAGUCUCCUGAUGAUCAUAGUUGGCGGGGUGGCUGGAGGACUGCUACUCAUCAUGGUCAUCAUAGUAAUCUCAGUGACCUGUCACCACAAACGCAAAAACAAGAAACUGGAGAGAGAAUUGACUAUGAAGAAGGAGGAGAUCAGUACACUCUCCAGGCAGGCCUCUUUCAGGAGAGUCAACUCAGUCAGUACGGAUGCAAGAGGACAGAUGGAGGAGAAUAUCCCUCUCAGAGUGGAGGGGACACUGCGGACCAGUCUGUCCUCUUUAGGGGAUCCAGGGCGCAUCAGGGACAGUCGCUCUACUCUGGUAGGGGGAGGUGGACUAGACUACCUGGGUCGACCUGUUCUGAACAACUCUUCACGACGAGGGAGGGAGAACAGAGCCAUGGACAGAGAGGAGGAAAACAGACUUAGGGUGGAGUCAUACGUACGGAAUAGCACUAUGUCUUUGGGAACCCGUCUCCACCUGCCAAUCCAACCCUCUCCCUUCCCAAUGGAACAGUCCACCAAGCUGCUGAGGUCCCUGAACGGCAGCGUCAUCAUCCCAACAGAGGGGGGUUUACAUGCACGGAACUCCCCUCUCAGCUGCAGCUACCCUCCUGUCACAGACGACGAACAGGAGGAGGGUGAAAGUGUGGAAGGAGAGCGGGGGACAAGCUCCAGGAUGAGUCGUUUAGAUCAGGGGAGGUCAGAGGACCAGGACAACAGUUCUCAGAUCUCAGACGCGGAACGUGGACACAACCAUCACUUCCAGCAGAACAACGGAACGCUGAGACCCAAACCCCGGCCCAACGGCAUCACAUCCCCACACGCCUCCCUCAUCCAUAAGGCCCAGAUUGUAUAGAUGGGUCCGGGCAAGAGCUGGUGACGCACUAUACGACAAGGUUUGGUCGUGACUUUGGGAUAGGCGCUUGCCGGUGUGGUGGCAUACCCCGGUGGCAGCCAGUUUACCUCCUUUUCACUUCUAGAACAUCCCUUGCCUUCGCCUCGAGCUCUCAGACAUUUUUGAUCAACAGGUAAAGGUUCUUAUUGGUGAACAGAUAACGCUUCUGAUUGGUGUAGAGAUACAAAUAAGUAACACAUACGUUUCACAGGAGAGGAGCUGGACAAAUGAAAAGCUUAUGAAUGUCAGGUUGCACAUAGACCGAAGUAGUCAUAAUAUUUUACUGUAUAUAAUAUCACAGCAAUAACGAUCACUACAGGAAGCAUCAAGAGGACUUUUACAUGAUUUUGUACCCUAAAAAGACUUAUUUUUUUACAUUUAUUUGUAUUAAGACUUGAUGACAGGACACUGUAACCGAGAAACAAGAUUUGAAUAUCAUCAAAUGCAGUGACUUCUAACUGAACUCAGCGAAGAGGCAUUCAGCAGAAGCACCAAUAGCGCUUGCCCGUUUGAAAGAAUCCAUGUGUAGGUGAACUUUCACCCUCCUUUCCUCUGGAUGAGGGGAUACAACACAUACGACGGAUCUGUUCACCCUAAAAUUUAGUCCAUCUUUCUAACUUUAAGUGUGGCAGGGGUUUAUUUAGAUAUACUCCUCCUUGCCAUGAACCUCGAUGUGCACAAACAACAACACUUUGAAAUCGCUAUAGUCUUUGAUGCCAAAAGCCAAUGAGACUGCAUUUUAGCUGUGGAAAAAGUACCCAAUUGUCAAACUUGAGUAAAGUAAAGAUUACUCAAGUGAAAUUCACCCAGUAAAAUACUAUUUGAGUAACAGUAUUUGGUUUUAAAUAUACUUAAGUACAUUUUAGCAAUUCCAUUUAUUUUUUUAUACUUAAGUAUCAAAAUUAAAAGUAUUACUCAUUUCAAAUGUCUUAUAUUAAGCAAACAUGACACGAUUUGCUUGUUUUUUUAUUUUUAUGUACUGAUAGACAGGGGCACACUCCAACACUCAGACAUAAUUUACAAACAAAUAUUUUUUUGUGAGUUUGCCAGAUCAAAGGCAGUAGCGAUACCAGGGAUGUUCCCUUGAUAAGUGUGUGAAUUGGACCAUUUUCCUGUCUGGCUAAAUGUUCAAAAUGUGAAGAGUACUUUUGGGUGUCAGGGAAAUUGUAUGGAGUAAAAAGUACAUUAUUUUCUUACGGAAUGUAGUGAACUAAAAGUAGUCAAAUAUAAAUAGUAAACUACAGAUACCCAAAAAACUACUUAAGUAGUACUUUAAAGUAUUUUUUACUUAAGUAGUUUACACCACUGCUUUUUAGACAAGAGGUUAAAACAGCUUUGAUAUGAAAUGUUUUACACAACAGAGAGAUCCUAUGUGAAAGUCUACUAAAACUGAGGAUGUAAAAGCAUUGUUCUAUUUUCUUACACCAGACAAUCAAACUGUUAUAUGCCUAUGUUUGUAUACAUACAGUUAAAAGAGCCUUUGCUUUGUAGGCCAAUAUGAAGUAUUAUUAUGUCUGAUUCUACUGUAUUAUAAUUCAUUGAGUGCAUCCGAAAUGGCACCCUAUCCCCUACAUAGCCCCUGGUCAAAAUAAGUGCACCAUAUCGGCAUAGGAUGCCAUUUCAGCCGCAGACAUGCUAUCGACCUACAUCUCUAUAAGUGGGUUUCUUUCACGCCGUAUUCCAGUAAAUGGCUUAUUGUAGUUCCCUGGUAUGUACUGUAUGUAUGGGAUUCAUGUGUGGAACUUUGUUGUUUUAAUGCACAUGUACUUCUUUAGGAGAGUAGCAAUAUCGUUCUGUUUUCUAUAUCAAUUGUUCCGUUGUAUAAUACUGUAACACUGAUCUUUCUGAGUGAACGUAAUACCUACAUAGAAUGUAAGAGGUUGGAAGUAUAUACACCGCCCCCUGGUGUGCACCAGUGGAUAGUGCAAGAGAGGAAGAAAGUUCAGGGAUCUUGUUGUAAGGUCUGCAGACUGAGUUUUACCUGGCGAGGUCACGUGGUCAUGUGAAAACCCCUGACCCAACCACGUGCUCCAUUAGCCACAACUGGGGCCUGUUCAGAAGGAUGUUGAUAUAGAACGUUCAGAUUCAGAAAUGUAUCAUGUCGGACAGACAUGAUUGGUAGAAUAAGGAAUUGUGUCAGCUCUAUUCAUUCUAUUUCUAUCUGCAACAACUGUUUCACAUCACUAAAACCAUCCCUGCAUAUCUUCUAAACAUGGAGAUGUGUUCAUUCAGGGAGGGUGUAUGUCUGCUCAAUGUAUUAUUGUGAAAUAAACUUCUUGAGGGUUUGAG